AUGGAUAAGCUGCGAGCGCUGCAGAAGCGAUACGGACAGACGGCUGCCAAGCCGGGCCUGUCCACCAGCAGCGCUCUGCUGUCCACCUCGUCAGCGGCCGACUCCACCUCAUCGCUCGCCUCCCUGACCUCCACCACCGCCGCCACCAAGCCCAACCUCUCCUCUGCCGGUGGCGCGUCGAUUCAGGACCUGCGGGCGCGGCUCAGCACCGUUCUGCGUUCGGCCGGCGUGGCGACGUCGACGACUCCCGCCGCAGCGGGCGACGCCUCGACGUCGUUGUCAUCGGAUCUGGGCGCAGCCCCCGUGGCCCGUGGCCCGUCGGCUGCCUCGACGACCAGCAGUACGGCGACGGACGCGGUGCAGGCCCUCAAGGAGCGAUUGGCCGGUCUUCGCGAACGCCAGCACAUCAUCGCGCUAGUGUUCUUCCUGGUGGCCUACGAGCGGAUCACCAGCCCGCGCUAUGCGACCCACAUCGUGGCGCCCUUCACCGCCCUCCUUCACGACCCCACCGCCCGCUAG